GACUGGCCACAAUGCUGUCGGGCCAGUGGUGGCCAAGUACUUGGGGGAACCUAGGCCUGGGGCCCAAAAACACUUCUCAGGGACCCCAGCUCUGUGCCCUAUAUGCCUUCACUUACACUGCGGCAGAUGGCCGGCAGGUAUCUAUGGCUGAAGGGGACAGGUUCCUACUGAUUCGAAAGACCAACUCUGACUGGUGGUUGGCAAGGCGCCUGGGAGCACCAUCCACCUCACGACCCAUCUUCGUACCAGCUGCCUACAUGACAGAGGAGUCUAUCUGUUCCCAGAGCCCAGCCACCAUCGCCACCAGGCAAUCCCGCUGGACUCAUGGGCCGGAGUUGUUUCCUGGCUCACUGGAGGCGCUGCCCCCAUCCCAGGCAACCACAGGCAGAGCCCAGUCUACUUCGCAGCAGCCUCCUUCUCUUCCCCCCAAAAUCUACAGAAGUGUCAGUGUUACCAAUCUGAGGCCCACUCUCCUGAAGCCCUCCCAGGAUGGACAAAGUGGAAGAUCUCUCUCCCGGGAAGACUUGCUGACAGAGGCCAAUGCCAAUGUGGCUGGACCCCAGCUCCCCAUGUCAGAGCCCCCUGUGUACUGUAACUUAGUGGACCUUCGCCGCUGUCUCCAGUCCCCACCCCCAAGCCCUGCGUGUGCCCCGCUGCAGAGGCUGGACGCCUGGGAGCAGCACCUGGACCCCAACUCCGGACGCUGCUUCUACAGAAACUCGCUGACUGGCUGCAAGUCCUGGAAGCCUCCACGCCGCACCCGAACCCAAGAGACGAACCCUGGCUCCAUGGAGGGAACACAGACCCUGAAUAGGGACAACGGUGUCCUGCAACCUCAGGCAAAGGGCUCAGACUCGGACACGGGGUCCCCAGAACUGCUCAACCCCCAGGGUUCACCCUGCCUCCCCCGCCGGACCUCCCAGCUCAACCCCCCCGACCAGCCUGCAGCCCGGCAGCCCCUGCGGCCUCUGCCGCAGGUCCUGGACGACCCUCACGAGGUGGAAAAGUCGGGCCAGCUCAACGUGACUAAGAUUGCUCAGGGGGGACGCAAGCUCAGGAAGAACUGGUGCCCAUCGUGGGUGGUGUUAGCGGGGAACAGCCUGAUGUUCUACCGGGAGCCCCCCCGGGCGGCACCCUCCUCUGCAGUCUGGGGACCAGCGGGCAGCCGACCCGAGAGCAGCGUGGACCUUCGUGGGGCGGCCCUGGCCCACGGCCGACACUUGUCCAGCCGCCGCAACGUCCUGCACAUCCGCACGGUCCCGGGCCACGAAUUCCUGCUGCAGUCAGACCUCGAGGCCGAGCUGCGAGCCUGGCACCACGCGCUGCGGGCGGUCAUCGAGCGCCUGGAUCGGGAGAACCCAGUGGAGCUGCGCCUGUCAGGCUCGGGACCGGCGGAGCUGGGGGAGCUGAGCGCCGGGGAGGACGAGGAAGAGGAGUCGGAGCCGGUGCCCAAGCCACUGCUUCGUUUCGGCGGCCGCCGGAGCUCCAGUCGCUGCCCGGAUGGAACUGAGCAGAACCGCGUGCGAAACAAACUGAAGCGGCUCAUCGCUAAGAGACCGCCCUUGCAAAGCCUGCAGGAGCGGGGUCUGCUCCGAGACCAGGUGUUCGGCUGCCAGUUGGAAUCCCUGUGCCAGCGGGAAGGAGACACUGUGCCCAGCUUUGUGCGGCGCUGCGUUGCUGCUGUAGAUAAGAGAGGUCUAGAUGUGGAUGGCAUUUACCGGGUGAGCGGGAACUUGGCAGUGGUCCAGAAACUUCGCUUCCUGGUGGACAGAGAGCGGGCGGUCACCUCCGAUGGGAGGUACGUGUUCCCAGAGCAACCAGGACAAGAAGGCCAGUUAGAUUUCGACAGUGCCGAGUGGGAUGACAUUCACGUGGUCACUGGAGCCCUGAAGCUUUUUCUCAGGGAGCUGCCCCAGCCUCUGGUACCCCCACUGCUGCUGCCCCAUUUUCGUGCUGCUCUUGAGCUCUCGGAUUCAGAACAGCGCCUCUCUCAAAUAAGAGAAUUAAUAGCCUCAAUGCCGAAGCCCAACCAUGACACUCUGUACCACCUCCUGGAGCAUUUAUGCAGGGUGAUAGCACACUCAGAUAAGAACCGCAUGACCCCCCACAAUCUGGGAAUUGUGUUUGGACCAACCCUGUUUCGGCCGGAGCAGGAGAUAUCUGACCCAGCAGCCCAUGCUUUCUACCCUGGGCAGCUAGUCCAGUUGAUGCUCACAGACUUCACCAGCCUCUUCUCCUGACGGGGGCACGGAAGAAGAGAAAAUGUGUUUCCGGUGGUACCCUUUGGUGUUGUGGUGUGUUCUGAGGACAUCCCUUUAAAUCCCGUGUCUCCCAGA